UGUGGCCAUAGGCCCCACUGAUAGUUAAUUUGUGUUCAUGUUGAACAAUGUUCUGGAUUAGACGGGAUAAUUGCCCGUUAGCUCUAACCCCUCCCACCGGCCCACACAGCCAAUGGAGUGACCCGGAGGAACGAUCUCUUAGACCUGUGUGCUCACAUCAGCCAAUCAGAUAUCUUGCUCUCAAGAGGAUGCUCUUGAGCACUCCAACACACACACAAACACACACUGGCUACACACUGGCUACACACUGGCCACUUCCCACGUUCAGAGGGCAGCGUGUCGCUCCGUCAGGAUGUUUAUGGUUUCCCAGAAAAAGCAAAUCACCACGGCAACGGCUGGGUGGAUUUACGGCCGUAGCCCUGUCUCCCACCCUUAGACAGACCAUGUAUCACCCUUACACAGUACACACACUCACACAUACACACUUACACACACUCAUACACUCAUAGUAGUUCGUAUGCACAAACACACGCACACUCACACACCACACACACACAUAAACUACAUUUAAUUUCAAUAGAGCACAAUGUUAUAAGGGUUGCUGUGUCAGAAGUAAUGGCUGAUUUAGGGGUGAGCUUCCAUGUAUGUGGUGGAAAAAUCAGGGUAUUUGAGGGACAACAAGAUCACUAGUACAGUCAUUAUGAUUUGAGGAGGGUGACAACAUAGAAAUACAAUCUAGAUUAUAUUUCUAUGGAUGACACUGGCAUUGGCUCGGCAUGUAGAUUGUACAUUGUGUCAUCAGUCUUAGAAUGUGUAGUCCAACUCUACUCCUGAAAAUUCUAUUGUAGCUGACCAAACAAUGCACAGUUUAGAAUACUGGAGUAAUUCAACAUUCCACCAUUAAACCAUAUGGGACAUGUUUCAGGAUAAACACUUGUAUAUUUUAAAUGGAAUCCAAAAGCUUUGGUCAAUCUGUCCAGAUCAUUACACAGUUUUGUGUGUGUGUGAGGGUGAUCUAGUUGAGACAAUUAUAAUAGCAGCCAAAAAAGGAAAGCAAUAUGCUCAGACUGUGGAUCCAUUCCAUCAUCCACUGUAGUGUACAGUUUGAUGUCAUAAUCAACAUCUCAUUACCCGCAUUAUGACAUCACACAGUCAAUCCUAUAUAAACAGCAGCCCAACGCCAACAUUAAGAGAAUUACAUUUACAUUUACAUUUUAGAAUUCUGUGUUGCAUUGAACAUUGAGCAAGUGUGUUGCAUUGAGCAUUGACAGCUGCUGACAAGAGGACCAUCAUGGCUCCUCUCGCUUCCCUGAGGGUUUUCUUGGGCCUGUUCCUGGUCCUUAUACCCCUGGUCCUGGGUGAAGUGUUCGCCAGCAUCCCUAGGAAGACCAUACAAUAUGACAAUGCUAAGAUUUUCAGAGAGAAUGGCAUUUCAAACUAUUCAACGAUGACAUUGAGAGAGGACCUGGGUAUCCUUGUCGUUGGUGCUCGAGACGCCGUAUACGCUCUGGACCUUGAGGAUAUCUCCUCGAAAAAGUCUGGGGUCUACUGGCAGGUCUCAGAGGAGCAGAAAACGUCCUGCGAGAGGAAGGGAAAAGAUUCAAUGGACUGUCAAAACUACAUCAAGACACUUCAGACUCUCCACGAUGGUAGGAUGUUGGUGUGUGGGACCAGCGCAUACAACCCCACAUGUGACUAUAUGACCUACGCAAACGGAACGUUGACCCUGGAAGGGAAGAAGGAAGAGGGGCGAGGGAAAGUUCCCUUUGACCCCUUCCAGAGGUCAACCUCGGUCAUGGUUGGGACAGAACUAUAUUCAGCCACAGCGGUCAACUUCCUGGGUACUGAGCAGGUGUUGCAGCGUCAUUCCUUCCCAGCUAUCAGGACCGAACACAGACAGUCCUGGCUUAACAAGCCCUCCUUCGUACAGUUGGACGUUGUCCCCGAGAGCAUUAACAACCUCGAUGGGGAUGACGAUAAAGUCUAUAUGUUCUUUAGUGAGGAGGCCAUGGAGUUUGACCUGCCAGACCAGAUCAGGGUAUCUCGUGUGGCACGGGUCUGCAAGGGGGAUAUGGGUGGUCAGAGGACCUUACAGCAAAAGUGGACGUCCUUCCUGAAGGCCCGUCUUGACUGCCCGGUGCCCCUGGAACCUAGCCUGCCAGCCAUCAUUCAGGAUAUCUUCCUCUUGAAAGACCAGGAUUGGAGGAAGAGCGUGUUUUACGCUGUUUUCAGCCCGCAGACAACCACAUCGGAUCUCUCUACUGUGUGUGCGUUCAGCGUGGCUGACAUUGGGAAAGUCUUCGCUGAGGGUAGGUAUAUGACUCCGGUGACAAUGGAGUCAGAAACAAGGUGGGUAACCCACACCAGAGAGGAGCCUGUCCCACGACCUGGAGCAUGUAUGAACAAUGCUGUGCGGGACCUCGGGAUUGUUCACUCGCUGGACCUCCCUGACAAGACGCUACAGUUCGUCCGUGACCAGCCACUCAUGGAGGGAGCAGUGCCUCCACUGACCGGGGGUCCACUGGUGCUGCAGAGGGGAGCCAAGUUGUCAGUGAUUGUUGUGGACCGAGUCAUGGCCGUGGAUGGAGAAAUCCACCACGUUAUGUUUAUUGGAACAGAGGAGGGCACGGUGCAGAAGGCUGUGCAGUACGCUGCUGGUGACACAGUCAUCAUCCAAGAGAUCCAGGUGUUCCAAACUCUGGAGCCAAUCAAAGUGCUGCGUCUCUCCUCUGGCACGGGACAGCUCUAUGCAGGCUCAGAGUCUGGAGUGGUCCAGAUUCCAGUUAGGGACUGUGGUCGGUAUGGGUCCUGUCUGGACUGUAUCCUGGCCAGAGAUCCCUACUGUGCCUGGGACACCACCUCAGCAGCCUGCUCAUCUGUCCACAACUUACCCACUGACUCCAGGAACUUGUACCAAAGCCUUAUUCAUGCGGAUGCCUCGAUGUGCCCCCAAUCACUCCCUAUGAAGCCACUUCCAUUACCAUUUAAUAUUGGGAGCUCCGUCCACCUGCCGUGUCAACCAGCAUCCAACCUGGCACAGGUGAGCUGGCACUUUGCAAGGGAGCCCCUCCAGCUGAGAGACAGGUACCAGAUGUUGAGCCAGGACUUGUUGAUAGGGAGUGCCGUAGCUUCAGACGCUGGUCGGUACACCUGCCAGAGUCUGGAGGAGGUCAAAGGUCGACUCUACACCAGGACAGAGGCUGCCUACAUCCUGCAGCCCACAAAGACUCUACUGGUCCUGCAGAUAUCUGUGGCUGUGCUUUCUGUGCUGCUGGGGGUUGUGGUCCUCUGGAGUGUGAGGAGACACUUCAGACUCAGGGCCAGAAUUCACCCAGCAGAACCCUGCCAGAACAACAACAACAACUGGAGAACAGGCCCUGGUCGUGUCCCUGGGUCUGAAGUGAACAACAAUCACACCAUCAUCACCAUUGAGGACAUGGAGGAUAAUCAGACAGCGAGGGUAUCUGUCGCUCUUCUGUCCAUGAUCCUGGGGUCUCUAAUGCUCUGGAACAUCAGCAGAGACCAGUUGAGCCACAGAGUCUUCAGGAUGGAGGAGGGGCUCCAGGAUCACAUGUCACCGGUUAACAGCUCAUCUGAUGCAGUUAUCCACAUGGGUGACAUCUGAGCUGGGACUAAUAACUGAGACUAGGGGUGCGUUCAAUUCGAUUCAACGUUUGCUAAGUUGCGUGACGGUUUGUACUGAACGACACGUUUCCUCAAAACGGUGCUCACCAUUCUUAGACAGCCUUUGAGGUACGUUCGCUCCCGUUUUGGUGAUUGUGACGAACUGUGGCCUGUUCAUUAAGGGUGUGACUAUUUGAAAUCGCUAAACAUGCGUAGCACCAUACAAUCUCACACAAUAAUCACACUGUUUUUCUGCGGGUUGUUCAGUACUGUUUCCGUUUGAAUGAAAUGUUGAACACCAUUCUGUCGUACUGACAGCACCCCUAGAAUCACCAGCACCAUUCUUUAGUCAUUGUUUUCCACUUAAGAUCCUUGUGUUGAAUAUAUUUUGUAUUUUUAUGUUUGUAUAAAUAUUAUAUAUUGCAAAUAUUAUGUAUCUGUCUACAUGAGAGUUUUUCUAUAUUAUUAAAUGAUUAGAUCUUAUAUCAA